AUGGUGCCCAAGGCGGACAGCGGCACCUUCCUUCUCAUUUUUCUCCUGGUGCUAAGCAUCACCGAGCCUCUGCGGCCAGAGCUCCGCUGCACCCCAGGGCAGUUUGCCUGUCGGAGUGGUACCAUCCAGUGCAUCCCUUCCAACUGGCAGUGUGAUGGGUGGCCCACCUGUGAGGAUGAGAGUGAUGAAGUUGACUGUCCAGGCUUGACAGGGGACCAACGAACUUACCAUGGGAAGGAGAAUGUGGACUCGAGGCACAACAGAGGGAGAGGAGGGGACACCACUCGCUUCCACACCGUCAACAUGGCACAGCCUGUCCGCUUCAGCAGUUUCCUAGGAAAGUGCCCAACAGGCUGGCACCACUAUGAGGGCACAGCCAGCUGCUACCGAGUGUACCUGACCGGGGAGAACUACUGGGACGCGGUGCAGACAUGCCAGCGCGUGAACGGCUCCCUCGCCACCUUCACCGCAGACCAGGAGCUGAGGUUCAUCCUGGCACAGGAGUGGGACCUGGAAGAAAAAGCUUUUGUCAGGAAGGACCAGCGCAGGUUCUGGGUUGGAUACCAGUAUGUGAUCACCAAUCGAAAUCACUCCCUGGAAGGUCACUGGGAAGUAGCUUACAAAGGCUCUUCAGAAGUAUUUUUACCCCCUGACCCUAUCUUUGGUACGGCCAUGUCUGAAAAUGAAAACGUUCUUUGUGCUCAGCUUCAGUGUUUCCAUUUCCCUACUCUGCGGCACCACGGUUUACACAGCUGGUAUGCUGAAAACUGCUAUGAGAAGUCUUCAUUCCUCUGCAAAAGGAGCCAGACUUGUGUUGAUAUCAAAGACAACAUCGUUGAUGAAGGCUACUACUUCACUCCAAAGGGCAAUGACCCCUGCCUGAGCUGCACCUGUCACAAUGGGGAGCCUGAGAUGUGUGUGGCUGCGCUGUGCGAGCGGCCCCAGGGCUGCCAGCAGUACCGCAAGGACCCGAAGGAGUGCUGCAAGUUCACCUGCUUGGACCCAGAUGGCAGCAGCCUGUUCGACUCCAUGGCUGGUGGGAUGCGGCUCAUCGUCAGCUGCAUCUCCUCCUUCCUCAUCCUCUCCCUGCUGCUGUUCAUGGUGCACCGGCUGCGGCAGCGGCGCCGCGAGCGCAUCGAGUCCCUCAUCGGAGCCAACCUGCACCACUUCAACUUGGGCCGCAGGAUGCCUGGCUUUGACUACGGUCCUGAUGGGUUUGGAACUGGCCUUACCCCACUGCAUCUCUCAGAUGAUGGGGAAGGUGGAGCAUUUCACUUCCAUGAUCCACCUCCACCCUAUACUGCUUACAAGUACCCAGACAUUCAACACCCUGAUGACCCACCCCCUCCUUACGAGGCUUCUGUCAAUCCAGACAGCAUCCUUUGUUCCACUCCAGAUGGAGUUCUCUCUCAGACUGUGCAGAGCAGUCCUCCAUCACUAGGAAACUGUGACGUGUCCCCACAGCUUACAGAGGGCUCCCUUCCUCCCUCGGUUGGUCCUUCUCCAGUGGAGCUGGAAGACUCUGCUGACAGCAGCACCUUGCUCGUUCCUCCUGACACACCGCUCGCCGAGACCACGCCGGCAGAAACCCUUCCGGGCAGCCACCACAGCCACUGCUCUCUCAACACCAUUGUGUAAAGCAGUGAGCAGCCCCUGGCUGGACAGAGAGGUUUAGCAGCUGUUUGCACAGACACACACUGAGCCGUGGCUUGGACUGCAAGUGGAAGCUCCACUCUGGUUUUUCUGAGCACAGCUCUUUGGUUCUAGGUUAGCGUCGUGCCUCUGGUUCUUUGGCUGUCGUCAUUCAUUCACUAAUGGCUUGGUCCUGUAAAUAGAUGGAUUUGGAGAGCCGCUCUUUUCUCCCAGGGGCUGUGGAAAAGAGUGCAGAGAAUUCCUUUGACUUCCAAGGAGGUGAAAAGUAUGGGUAGUUUUAUUUUUAAUUGUUUUGGUUUGUUUUCUUAACCUGAGAGGAAACAAAAAUCUACAUCAGCAAAAAAGCUGCUUGGAUUUGGCUGGACACAGCUGGAGCCAGGCUGUGGCACUCUCCUGCCAGCAGCUGCUUUCUCUCUUGCUUCAGUGCUUCACUUGGAAGAGAAG